CUUUGUUCAUAGAGAUCUGGUUUUACCAACUACAAUAAGGUUAUGAGUAGAAAAAAACCAUGGGAAUCAUUAAUUCCAAUUCUGGACUACUGUUCUGAAGGUGUGACACAGUCAGAAGGCAAACCUUUCAAGAUCAGCACUACGCACAGCUCAUUCAGAAGAGAAAGAAUAGUGAUGCUUCCUGCCCUGCCCUCUAUUGCUGCCAUCAAUGGCUCCAUAUGCUAGCUUCAAAAUGGCUGUGGCUGAAAACUUGGUGUAUGUGAAAUGCCCACCCAUAGUGCUCUGGCUGAGUGUCUUUCUGUUCUAUUGGGGAUGGCAGUGCCAACUUGUAUACUCUCAACCUCAAGAUUCCCCAGAAGUGGCGACUUUCUCGAUGAUAUCAGGUACUGGGAAGGGCAUGAGGCCCCCAGACUGGACCUCUUACAGUUUGCAUUUUGGAGGCCAGACACACAUCAUCCACAUGAAAGUCAACAAGAACUUACUAGCUAGACACAUGCCAGUGUUCACCUACACAGACCAGGGUGCUCUCCUUGAGGACCAGCCCUUAGUCCAGAGUGACUGUUUCUACCAUGGAUAUGUGGAGGGAGACCCAGAGUCCCUCGUGGCCCUGAGUAGCUGUUUUGGUGGUUUUAGAGGAAUGCUCCAGAUACAUGACAUUGCUUAUGAAAUCAAACCUCGAAAUCAUCCUGAUACAUUUGAACACCUGGUAUAUAGGAUGGACACUGAGGAUACAUCCCCUCCCUUGAGAUGUGGCUUGACAGAUGAAGAAAUAGAAAGACAACUAAAGUCUCUGGAGAGUGACAAUUCCACUUUGAUGCAGAGUGGGUAUGAAGGCUGGUGGACCCACAGGCGGUAUUUAGAGCUGGCAGUGGUGGUGGAUCACAACCGGUAUCUUCAUAGUGACAGCAAUGCUUCAAAUGUGUACACUGAUGUAUGCAUUGUUAUAAAUGAAGUAGGUCUUUUUCUAAAAUCACUGGAUGUGGAGGUUAUUUUAACUGGAAUUGAGAUUUGGACUGGCCAAAACCCUGUCCCAAUACAAGGCAUAGAUGAUCUUGUGAAACAAUUUUGCCAGUGGAAGCAAAAUAACCUGCCUUUCCGCUUGCCCCAUGAUGUUACACACCUUUUUGUAAACCAAACCUUUAAUAGUUCUCUUGGUAUAGCCUUCACAGGAUCAGUAUGUAAAGCUGACUAUAACUGUGGAGUCGAUAGUUUCAUUAAUGACAACUUGCAGGAAUUUGCUUUUACUGUGUCACAUGAGCUAGGCCACAAUUUGGGCAUGGCUCAUGAUGAUGGGUUGUGCACCUGUGGCCACAGAAGUUGUAUAAUGUUUCCGAAUAAGGGGUCAUCAACUAGAUUUAGCAACUGCAGUUAUGCCAUGUUUUGGGAUUUUGUUUUGCAAGCAACCUGUCUUUGCAUCCCACCACACAAAGAAAAUAUUUUUAAGCAUGCACGCUGUGGGAACAGUUUGAUUGAAGAAGGAGAAGAGUGUGACUGUGGCUCCAUCAAGUUGUGUGAAAAAGAUCCAUGUUGCCAGUCAAACUGCACUCUGACCCCUGGGUCUGACUGUGCUUUUGGGCUCUGUUGCAUUGAUUGCAAGAUUGUGCUAUCAGGAGUAAAGUGCAGAGUCCCUGAAAAUGAAUGUGAUCUCCCAGAAUGGUGUAAUGGGACAUCCUUUUAUUGUCCAGAAGAUGUGUAUGUGCAGGAUGGGACUCCAUGUGCAAAUGGUUACUGCUAUGAGAAGAGAUGCAAUAGUCGUGAUAAACAGUGCAGGAGAAUUUUUGGCAGUGGGGCCAAGAAUGCAGAUAACAAAUGCUACAUGGAAAUGAACAUCCAAGGUGACCGUUUUGGUCACUGUGGCUUAGGGAGAUAUCAUUAUACAAAAUGCCAGUACCAAGAUACCAUGUGUGGAAGAGUUCAGUGUGAUAAUGUAACAAAAGUUCCAUAUCUGGAAGAUCAUAGUACUGUGCAUUGGACUCAGUUCAAUGGUAUCUCCUGCUGGGGCACUGACUACCAUUUUGGAAUGACUCUUCCUGAUAUUGGUGAAGUGAAAGAUGGUACAGAGUGUGGGAAAGAGCAUAUCUGCAUUGAAAAGAAGUGUGUCCCUAUGUCAAGUUUAAACAAUACUUGUUCAUCUGUGUCCUGUAACAUGAAUGGAGUUUGCAACAACAGACAUCACUGUCAUUGCGAAUUUGGAUGGGACCCACCCAACUGCCAGCUACCAGGUAAUGGAGGCAGUAUUGACAGUGGUCCACCCUUGUUUUCUCCAAUAACAGAUCCUGAAAAAGAUAAACAAAAUUUUAAAAUGCCUCUGCUUUACAUCAUACUUGGCUUUUCAUUUAUUUUUCUUUUUAUUAUAUUACUUUUAAUUUUCAUGAAGACUUAUGUGAAAAGAUCAUAGUCUAGGAAGCUAAUUCAAUAAAAUGAAGAAUUUUUCCAAUUUCAGCCAAGACAGAAAAUAAAACUGUCUGUAUUCACACAAGAAACAAUACCAAAUGGCCUCAGUAUGUAUAUAAAAAUGCAAAAUCAUAUGCAUUUAUCAAAAACUUCAGUUUCUAGUGAAUGUUUGUCUGGCUUAAGUUCUAAAUGUCUUGAACUGUAAAUGUUAAAGUGAAUUUCUUCAUCCACUGGUGGAAAA